AUGGAUGAAUUUUGGGUGAACAUUCUGGUAGUGGGAUUCUAUUUUCGGCUGCAAGGCAGAGCUGCCUGCACUGUUGGCUGGCAUUUUGAGUGGUGCUUAGUUUCGAUGGUCAGCCAGCGAGUCCCGGUGAACAAUUUUGCUAUUGUUGAGGGUCUACGACGAAGACUGGUGGUGCCAUCAGAAUUCAUCUUUUGUGGCGGGUUGCACAGGGCAAUGUGCGUCCAGCGAGCUGGUCAAUAUUGUGACUCUUGGAGUGAGGAGGAAGUGGAUUUUGGCGUGCAGCCAUGCACUCACUGUCCAGCAAUUCUUAGUUUUGGGCACAUUUGGGAAUGGGCUACUGUGCUGUAUACUUGUGUGUAG